GGAGCCCUUUAAUCAUUGUAGAAGCGUACCGUAGAGGUUGUCUGGUCUCAAACAUCAUUGUGAGCCCCCCGCAUAGCUGUCUUCCUCAAUGUCGUUUCACUAUAGCUGUAUUUUGUAAGUAAGUAUGACAGCAUUGACCAAAACCCACCGUUUUCUUUUUAUUAAUUUCUUGGUUCAUCAGUAGCACCAUUUGUUGGCCGUUUGGUGGGCUGGAAGUUUCCUCGGUUUGGAAUGGAAGUCUGAAUUUAUCAGACACAGACAUACUAGCGAUCAACAGUCAUAGUCAAUGACUAGAAAAGAACACGUGUGUUGGGAGUGGAUACAAAUUUCUGGGUUUUGUAAUGUCAGAGGCAAGAAGUGAAAUGGGUACAUUUAGUUAGUUUAUCUCUUCUUCUUCCUCACCAAGUUGAGCAGCUCUCCGUAGCAAAGUUUUUUCUCCAGUGAUCUCAAUCCAAAGGUGACCCUUUUUUCUGUUCUUGCUUGUGUUCUUGAUUUGCCUUGUGAUGGGGCUCUGAUCGGUGUGUCGAGUCCAAAUUCUGUUGUUCAAUCUUUGUUAUGAUGAUGGGUGUCCAUGCACUAGGCUCUGUGCUCAUCUGGGUAUUGUCCACCUUGUGUUUGACAAAUGUUUCAUUAGGAUUCUUUGAUCCUCUAGAUAACUAUCUCAUAGACUGUGGAUCCCGCAGAAAUGAAUCAGUAGGUGAUCGAGUUUUCUUGGCUGAUCAAGGCGUCAAUUCCACUGCUCUCUCAACCCCACAAAAUAUAUUUGUCAACACAACAACAUCAAAAUCGAUCUCAACCUCUUUGGAUGUGGCUUUAUAUCAGACUGCAAGAGUUCUUAAUGGGAGCUCUCAUUACACGUUUUCUAUCAAGCAACAUGGGUGCCAUUGGAUUCGCCUACACUUCUUCCCAUUUGUUGAUGGGAAACACAAUCUGAGCAUGGCGAAGUUCUCUGUUUCAGCCCAGAAUUUCACCCUGCUCAGAGACUUCCAGCCCCAGAAUGGCGCUAUGGUGAAAGAGUACUGUUUGAACAUAACUUCAGACAAUCUGGUUCUGAGUUUUACCCCUGCUGCCAAUUCAUUUGCUUUCUUAAAUGCUUUAGAAGUUCUUUCCCUCCCCGAUGGACUCAUUCCGGCUGGUGCUACAACUGUUGAUCCUCCGGUUGAGUAUCAAUCUUUCUUGAGCCGAGCAAUGGAGACGGUUGCAAGGGUGAACAUGGGCGAUCAAACUGUGUCGCCUCAAAAUGAUUCGUUGUGGCGACUUUGGGUUUCUGAUGCACCUUUUCUAAAUCAUGUUAACCUUGUCACUGUCGUGUCGAACAUUGGAGCUGUAAAUUACUCGAGGAAAUGGCCUAGCAGGGAUGUUGCUCCCCCUUCUGUAUAUGGCACAGGCAGCAGGCUAAACUCUCAAAAUGACCCUCAUUUUACGGCCAAUGCUACCUGGUCUUUUCAUGUUGACCCAGGUUUUGAGUAUCUAGUGCGACUCCAUUUCUGCGAUAUAGUGAGCAGUAGCCCAAAACAGCUCUUCUUCAAUGUUUAUAUCGACUCUUGUCUUGCCAUGAAUCUUGAUCUUAGCAAUGUAACAUCUAACAUCUUUGGUGCCCCCUAUUAUGCGGAUUUUGUCACAAGGUCAAGCAAAAAUGGUGCCCUGAGUGUUAGCAUUGGGCCUUCAAAUUUAGGUACUUCUUACCCCGAUGGCAUUCUCAAUGGACUAGAGAUUUUGAAACUGAGCAAUUCAAAGGGCAGCCUUGCCGUUGAGUCUAAAACAAGUUCCAAGAAUAAAGUUUGGAUGAUACUAGGCGUGGGCAUUGGGGUGUCACUAGUUGCUGCAUUUUUGGCUGCGUCACUGCUCAUCAUCUGCACAAGAAGAAGAAGAAAAAGAAGAUCAUCUGUAUUGGACGACCAUUCAACAGAGGACCAUUCCGGGAUCAAUGGAGUUGGGAGUUCUCUAACAACAACAAUGGUAAAUAACUAUGUCAUUGGAACUUGUAUUAUUUCCAGUUCCAAGACCAGUUACCGCUUCCCUUUUGCAGCCAUUCGGGAGGCUACGAAUAACUUCAGCCACUGUUUGGUUAUUGGGGCUGGCGGUUUUGGUAAGGUGUACAAGGGGGUUUUGAGGGAUGGAACUAAGGUGGCAGUGAAGAGGGGAAGCUCUCAAUCUCAACAGGGUCUCUCAGAAUUUCACACAGAGAUUGAAAUGUUGUCUCAAUUUCGCCAUCGCCAUUUGGUGUCUUUGAUAGGGUACUGUCAUGAACAGAAUGAGAUGAUCAUAGUUUAUGAGUAUAUGGAAAAUGGGACACUCAAGAGUCAUCUUUAUGGCUCAGACCUUCCUGGCUUGAGCUGGACGCAGAGGCUUGACAUUUGCAUUGGAUCAGCCAGGGGACUUCAUUACCUUCACACCGGUUCUGCAAAACCCAUCAUUCAUCGUGAUGUCAAGUCUGCAAACAUACUACUAGAUGAGAAUCUAAUGGCAAAAGUUGCUGAUUUUGGGCUUUCAAAAACCGGUCCCGAGAUUGAUGAAACUCAUGUUAGUACUGCUGUGAAGGGGAGUUUCGGGUACCUGGAUCCCGAGUAUCUGACAAGGCAACAACUAACAGAGAAAUCCGAUGUAUACUCCUUCGGAGUUGUUAUGUUUGAAGUCCUCUGCGGGAGGCCUGUUAUCGAUCCCUCCCUCCCCAGGGAAAUGGUGAACUUGAUUGACUGGGCAAUGGAGUGGGAGAAGAGAGGAGAACUGGAGAGAAUAAUAGAUCCCCAUCUCCAGGGCAAGAUAAAACCAGAGUCUCUGUGGAAGUUUUGGGAAACUGCCGUGAAAUGCUUAACAAACCACGGCGUUCGCCGCCCUGCCAUGGGAGAUGUAUUAUGGAAUCUGGAGUGUGCACUGCAACUUCAAGGAAACAACGAGAGACCCAACAUUGAUAUGGCUGGUGGCAUUGAUCCACAAAAUGAAACAUUUGUAAGUGUUUCUUCUACCACGCAAGUCAGUAUUGGCGAUCUUGAUGAUGUUUCAAUGAGCAGAGUUUUCUCCCAAAUGGUGAAAGCUGAAACUAAGUGGACAGAUCCAUGAACAGAUGACAUGAUCACACAGAAAAACAAAUGAUCAUUUGGCUGCUGCUGAAACAGGUUUGCUUGGGGAUUGAUUGAUUUCUCUCCAUGACUAAUAAAAGUAAAGUUUGGGUUUGUGAUUGCUUGUACAAGGUUAGUUAAUUAAUUUGCUUGUGUCUGAAUGAAUGAAUGAAUGAAUGAAUCCAUAAACUCUCAGCUUUCACCUUUGGCUUUGAGAAUGUGUAUGUGCUGCAUGCGCGCUCUAUUCUGUUUCUGAUGCGCGCCCGUUGUUACAUGGACUUGCCUAAUGCCUGUGUCUUGUCUUUGGAAUAGCGAAGAUGGGGAUGUAUGUAUUAUAUGGUAGAAGAAAAUUAAUUCAAAAUUUUUCCCUUGUUUUAA